GGCCCAGAAAUUUGUGUUUUUAGAAAUGGAGGAUUGAUCUAAAAUAUUAGACGUGCUUUUUGCCUGAAUGUUUUUCAUGUGACAAUUUUGGAAUAUGGACUAUUUCUUGCCUCCUUUUUCUUCCUCUUCAUUCCCAAUACAGAGAUCUAUCCAGAGACUGAAAUUUGUUAAGUGCAUUUACCUCUGACCAGUGGUAGAUACCUCAUAGAAGUCUUGAGUCUACAGGGAGUUGAAAUCCUCAUAUCCAGGAGAUGGACAGACCUAAUCAGACCACUGCUUGGGAGUUUAUCUUCUCAGUUUUCCCUUAUUCCUGGGGAGAUUCUGUCCUCUGCUUUGUACCACUGCUCAUCAUCUAUACUUUCAUUGUUGUUGGAAACCUGGUCAUCAUCACAGUAGUCCAGCUGAAUACUCACUUGCGCACACCCAUGUACUUAUUUAUUAGUGCCCUUUCUUUCUUGGAGAUUUGGUAUACCACAGCCACCAUCCCAAAGAUGCUCUCUAGUCUGCUUAGUGAGAGGAAGAGUAUUUCCUUAAAUGGCUGUCUGCUGCAGAUGUAUUUCUUCCAUUCCACAGGCAUCAGUGAAGUUUGUCUAUUGACAGCUAUGGCCUUUGACCGCUACCUGGCCAUCUGCAGCCCUCUUCAUUACCCCACCAUCAUGACCCCCAAGUUAUGUGCCCAACUGACUUUAAGUUGCUGUGUUUGUGGCUUUAUUACACCCUUCCCUGAGAUUGCCUGGAUCUCCACGCUGCCAUUUUGUGGCACUAAUCACCUUGAGCAUAUCUUUUGUGACUUCCUCCCAGUGCUACGCCUGGCCUGUACAGACACACAAGCCAUUGUCAUGAUUCAGGUAGUGGACAUCGUCCAUGCAGUGCAGAUUAUUACAGCUGUGAUACUCAUUGUCCUGUCCUAUGUUGGUAUUGUGGCUGUGAUUCUGCGUAUUCGUUCAGCCGAAGGUCGUCACAAGGCAUUUUCCACAUGUGUCUCCCACCUCACUGUCUUUUUGCUGUUCUUUGUCAGUGUGGCUCUCAUGUAUCUACGCUUCUCUGCCACCUACUCUUUAUUCUGGGAUACAGCCAUUGCUCUAGCCUUCGCAGUUUUGUCCCCCUUCUUUAACCCUAUCAUCUAUAGCCUGAGGAAUAAAGAAAUAAAAGAAGCUAUAAAGAAGCACAUGGGUCAAGCUAAAACCUUUUUUCAUAAGACGAGGAAUCUCAAAUAAGAUCUUAUAGUGAAAAGUUUAUACAGUUCCCGGCUCCUUUUCAUCUUCAACAGCUCUGUUUUUUUCCCAUCAGCCUUUUACUGAAACUGGUCUCCCAAUGGUCACCAAUAAACAAAAUCCACUGAUUGCUCAAU